AUGAUCUCUGAAUUCGCGUACAAGGAAAGACCAGACACUCUAGUGCUAUUCGAUGUCGAUGGCACGCUAACACCAGCGCGGUUAACCAUCUCGGACGAGGUCAAGUUCGUGUUGCAGGCGCUCAGAGAGAAGGUGGUGAUUGGGUUCGUGGGCGGCUCGGACCUCUCCAAGCAGGUGGAGCAGCUUGGCGCCACCGUGUUGGCGGACUUCGACUACUGUUUCUCCGAGAACGGGCUGACUGCGUACAGGCUGGGCACGGAGCUGGCGUCCCAAUCGUUCAUUGACUGGAUCGGCGAGGAGGAGUACAAUCGCUUUGUGGUGUUUGUGCUGAAGUACCUGUCAUCUAUCGAGCUGCCCAAGCGCAGAGGUACGUUCCUGGAGUUCAGAAACGGGAUGGUUAACAUCUCCCCCAUCGGGCGCAACGCGUCCGUCCAGGAGCGUAACGAGUUCGAGGCCUACGACAAGGAGCACCAGGUGCGCGCCAAGUUUGUACAGGCGCUCAAAAAGGAGUUCUCCCACCUGGAUCUGACCUACUCCAUUGGGGGGCAAAUCUCCUUCGACGUGUUCCCCACCGGGUGGGACAAGACCUACUGCUUGCGCCACGUCGAGAGCGAGAACUUCAAGGAGAUCCACUUCUUUGGCGACAAGACAUUCGAGGGCGGCAACGACUGGGAAAUCUACAACGACCCGCGCACCAUCGGCCACAGCGUCCGCUCCCCCGAGGACACCGUGAGGAUCCUCAGAGAGCUGUUCGACCUGUAG